AUGGGUUUUGGGUCCACGUGGUGUCGGUGGAUUAAGGAGCUUUUGUCGACUGGUAGGGCUUCUGUGCUGGUUAAUGGUUCCCCGACUGGUGAAUUUCAAAUUCACCGUGGGUUGAGACAGGGUGAUCCCUUAUCCCCUUUUUUGUUUAUUUUGGCUAUGGAGGGUCUUCAUAUUGCUCUAAUGAGGGCUCGUGCUGGGAAUGCUCUUAGAGGGGUCUCUAUUUCUGGAAUUGAGAUUUCACAUCUCCUUUAUGCAGAUGAUGUUAUGUUGAUUACUCCUUGGGAUCCCGAGAACGCCAAUCGUCUCCUUCGUAUCCUGAGAUGUUUUUAUUUAGCUUCUGGGCUUAAAAUCAACUUACUUAAAAGUAAAUUGAUUGGUGUUGGAAUUUCUUUUUCCAAUAUUCUUGUGGUGGCUAACAGGAUUGGUUGUGCAGCUUCUAUGCUCCCUUUUUCUCAUCUUGGUAUCCCGGCUAAACGUCUCUCGGUUGGAGGUCGUCUUACUUUGGUGAAGUCUGUCCUGGGCUCUUUAGGGAGUUACCUGAUGUCUGCUUUCCUUGCUCCUAUUUCGGUUUUGAAGGUUCUUGAAAGCUUGAGGGCAAGAUUUUUUUGGGGUGCUGAUAUUGAUGAGCGUCGCAUGCAUUGGGUUAGAUGGGACAGAGUUUUAACUUCCAGAGAUGAUGGAGGUUUGGGGAUUGGUAGUCUUUUCUCCUUUAAUAGAGCUUUGAUUUUUCGUUGGUGGUGGAGGUUUUAUCAUUGCCCUGAUCUUCUUUGGGUUAGAGUGAUAAAAUCUAUAUAUGGUUUGGAUGGUGCUUGCAGGAACUUAAGAUACCCUAUUAUUGGCCAUGGUUCUUGGAGAGGGGUCGUUCGAAUGUUUUCUCAGUUACGCCAGAAAGAUAUUGAUCUUCAAUCCCUUUGCCCUAUUAGAGUUGGCGACGGUACUCGCACUUCUUUCUGGCACGAUGUUUGGAGAGAUGAUAUGCCUCUGUCUGUCUCUUUCCCUAGAAUCUAUGCGCUGGAUCUACAUAAACAUGCUUCUAUUUCAGAUAGGUUGUCCUUGGGUUUGGGUAUUAAUACUCUUAGACGUGAUCCUAGAGGUGGAGCGGAACAGGAACAAUGGAGUACUCUUAUUCGUUUCUUACAAGAAUUCCAUCUCAGGCCGGUCCCAGAUAGACUUGGUUGGGUUAUUGAUGUGUCAGACAAUUUUUCUAUUUCUUAG